AUGCUCAGCGACUCCGGCACCUCUAGCUCUGACAGCGCCCUAUCGUCGGGGUUUUCGUCUGAAGACCAGUUCUUCCCAAGUCGACCUGCGGGCAGGUCGAGCAAUGUUAACUUGGCUUGGGUCUGCGACCCGACCUUUGGUGUCGUCCACCGCCACGGUUGCACCGUGUGCAGGAGCUACAAGUCCCACUGCGUGGACGCUAGUCGGCACCCGGAUGAUCUGAGCUUCCACCAUGCUGUUAAGGACCGUGAUGGGCUGGCUACCACGCGGUACUUUGAAGGAGUCGAAGAAGGACGUCGGCAGCAGGCACAGCAAGAGCGCACUCGGAUGUACCGGUAUCGUCAAGAACGAGACGACGCACGAGCACGGCUCAGCCGAUGUGAAGACGAGAUCCGCAGUCUUCGCAUGGAACUUUUGGAGAUGCAGGAUGCGUUCAUGGCGAUGCAGCUGUCCUACGAGGACCAGAUAGCGACUUUGCUGGAUGGCCCUCAGCAUCGAUAUGACCCCGAUGAAGAUUUCUUGGAGGACCUGCGACUGGUCGACAUGCAGGAUUUCCUGUUGGAUGACUCUGAGUCUGGUUCGGAGACCAGGAUGCACGUCGACGGUGAUCCGCAGACCUCAAGUUCUGAGCCUCUGUCGUCCGAUUCAUGGGAGUCAGGCGGUUUCUCUUCCGAUUCUUCGUCGUUGGAGGGCGUGGAGGAUGAGGUUGCAGACCAUGUCCCACAGGUCCUGAGGCCGUCGGAUUCGUUGACGAUCCAAGAGGUCCAGCAACUUAUCUCGUCAGCAAGUGACCCUAGCAAUCGCGAUGCAUUGGCUCGAGUGAAGUCCCUGUGUUCCUUGGCCCACCGCACCCCGCGUUCCCGAAGGUCGCCUGCACAGAAGUACCUCCUCAAAUCCUGGAAAGGACCUUCCUCACGAGUAUCUUCCUCCGUUUGCCACUCUCUUCCACCCGCCUCCACUCCCCGUCCGCUUCCACUCUUUUCCAAAGUUCCGCCUCUCUCCAGCGUCCCUGAGAUCAUAGUCGACGCCUCGACGGCCGGAAUCGGGUUCCUCAUGAAGUCGAAAUGGCUAGCAUGGACCUUGAAAGAUGGGUGGAGAUCCAACGGACGCGACAUGGUGUGGGCAGAGCUCGCCGCUGUCGAGCUGGGUCUCCGUACCGCGAUCGCACUCGGCGUCCGACAAACACAUCUUCGUGUUCGGUCGGACAACUCUAGCGUUAUCACGGCUUUGAAGACGCGGACCAUUAGGGUUCCCCAUGAUAUGGAGGUCCUCGAGCACAUUUUGGCACUGUGUCGCACGUAUGCGAUUGAGUUGAUGCCGGUCUGGAUUUGGACGAAGCAUAACCCCGCUGAUGCUCUGUCCCGGAAACGGUAUCCGCCUAGCUCGUUGAGAGUUGAAGAGGAACCGGAGAUACCGCCGCACCUCGUUCCGUUCGUCGAGCCCCUUCCCUUGACUAACGUCUCCCAGGCCACAUCUAGCUAG